AUGUCAGAAGUACUGGCUGUCAUCGAACAGCCGAACUCAAUCAAAGAUUUCAUCAAGCAGGAUUCAAAUAUCGCAUUUCUAGCUGGUGGAGUGGCUGGCGCGGUUUCCCGAACCGUUGUUUCACCUUUCGAAAGAGUUAAAAUAUUGCAACAAGUUCAAAGCUCGACGAAUUCUUAUAACCAGGGUAUUUUUAGCUCUAUACGGCAAGUUUACCAUGAGGAGGGAAUCAAAGGCUUAUUCAGAGGAAAUGGUUUGAAUUGCGUAAGGAUAUUUCCUUAUAGCGCAGUUCAAUUUGUGGUAUACGAGGCUUGUAAGAAAAAAUUAUUUCAUGUAGAUGAUUAUGGUGGGCAAGAACAGCUAACAAACACUCAAAGACUAUUCGGUGGUGCAUUGUGUGGCGGGUGCAGCGUGGUGGCUACUUAUCCACUGGACUUGAUCAAAACAAGAUUAUCGAUUCAAACAGCAAAUUUGAAUAGUCUAAGUCGUUCUAAAGCAAAAAACAUAUCAAAGCCUCCCGGAAUCUGGAAAUUACUAAGCGAAACGUACAGAUUAGAAGGCGGCUUGAAAGGAUUAUAUAGGGGAGUGUGGCCAACAAGUCUCGGAGUUGUUCCAUAUGUGGCUUUAAACUUUGCGGUUUAUGAACAAUUGAGAGAGAUUGGUAUAAACACUUCUGACACUCAACCCUCCUGGAAGAACAACCUCUAUAAAUUAACAAUUGGUGCUGUAAGUGGAGGGAUUGCGCAAACAAUGACUUAUCCCUUUGAUUUACUGAGGAGACGAUUUCAAGUCCUUGCAAUGGGCGGAUAUGAACUGGGAUUUAGGUACACCAGUGUCUGGGAUGCGUUGGUGACAAUUGGUAAGACAGAAGGCUUUAGAGGUUACUACAAGGGCCUAAGCGCAAACCUUUUUAAGGUAGUUCCUUCAACUGCGGUAAGUUGGCUAGUUUACGAAGUUAUGCGUGAUUCAAUAAGAAAUUGGUAA